AAUGCUGCAAGCGCCACUCUUCCAGCUCUCACAAGAGGUCCUAGACAAGAUUGUGGAUCACUGCGUCCAGCUCCCUGAGUGGACAACGUAUCUCGUCGCGCUCGCUCUCGUGGAUCGUGUCUUUACAGCCCGAUGCGCUAUGCACAUCUUCAAGGAGCUACCUCUGCACGACAGCUGGGAGUCAAAGAAAAAGUUCAAGAGGAAGAUCGAGCGGAAGUUCAGUAUCCUCAAGUCCAAUCCAUCCUUAGCCCGCCUAGUCCGUGUUGUAGAUAUCAAAAUUACCCAGCCUCAAAACGCCGACAUAUUCAGCAAUUCCACCUUCUCGAAGAUCGUGCAACUUCUCCAGCAGUACACCGAAUUGUCCCACGGAAUGCGAUUUCAGCUAAUCGGAGAGGCGAUAUCCACCUCAGAUCCGAAGCAAUUUACACGAGGGUUGAUCCACUCUUCGAUCUGCCAGACAUUGACGACACUCUCCCUGUGCCACCUGGAGAUCAACGUGAACAUGUUCCACGUCUGUCCAAGAUUGACCGACAUUACUCUUUUGGAUGUCACGGCGGGAGACGAGGUCCAGACCCCGUCCAGCGCUGCAACGGACGGCGUGGGCGAACCACUCGUGAUCGAGCGCCUCAAUUAUCGCACCUCGUCCGAAGCAGUCAACCAAUUAGUCGAAGCCUCCAGAACUCCAUUGACUCCUAUCAUCAAUUUGUCGAAGCUUCGUAUCCUCAAGACUUCCCCUCAUGAACGAAAGGACAUGAACUGUGUUCCGCUGCUCUUCGGCACGGCCUCAACAACAUUGGAGGAACUUUAUCUCACGGCGUUCAGCACUUCGAAUAUCCCAAAAGAGUCCCGCCAGUUUCCCUUAAGUAACCUUGUGAAUCUCCAGUCAGCGACGAAGCUGCGUAUCUUCGAGAUCUUCGCCAUCAUCAACUGCAAAUCGAAGAGCCAUACCACGUUGCAUGAUCUGCAAGCCAUAUUACGUACGAUACCCUCUUCCAAUAACCUUCAAAGAUUCUACCUCGACGUCUCAAUAUACGGCAAGCAGCCGUUCCAGGGGUGCCUCGACGAAGACUGGGAGGGUCUUUGCGCGGAACUCGUGCGAGUGGCUGCUGGGAAGCUCCUGAAGUUCGGCUUUUUCGCUGUUGUUGGGCUCAAGAACUUCAAUGACACGCGAAAGGGUCACGGCGCCCUCUACAAAUGCAUUGAGGAAAGGAUGAGCAGCUCUUUCGUCGACCACCCAAACAUCGCCUUUGAUCCCUUGAACAUCAUUACACAAGGUCACGAUGAUCCUGAAUA